AGCAGCGAAAAAAGAGGAAGCCAUGCUUUUUAAGCGCUUCACUAUCAUCUUCAUCAGCAUACUCUUUCAAUCCCUAAAAUCCUCUUCCCAAGUUCUGAACUUCACUUACAAUGGCUUUCAUACUUUUAGUGACAUAUCCACCCAAGGCAUCACAGCUGUCACACCCAACGGCCUACUUAGGCUAACCAACACGACCAUUCUCCAAACAGCACCAUUUCAUCCUUCUCCACAACCUUCGUCUUUGCUAUUUUCCCUCAUAUCCCGACACUUAGCGGCCAUGGCAUCGCCUUUGUCAUUGCCCCCCCCUAACACAAGCCUCCCAUACGCAACGGCAAGCCAAUACAUGGGUCUCUUCAACAUCACUAGCAACGGUAAUGACACAAAUCAUGUAUUUGUUGUGGAAUUGGAUACAAUCCAAAGUACAGAGUUCAAUGAUACCAACAAUAACCAUGUCGAAAUAGAUAUCAAUAGUUUGACAUCGGUGCAAAGUUCACCAGCUGGAUGGUGGGACAAGAAAGGCCAAUUCAAGAACCUGACUUUGACCAGUUGUUUGGGUCGAUUACGAUGGUCGUACGCA